AUGUCUUCGCAUUUGCGGACUCUGCUUUCCUUCCCUUCAUCUGGCUUUGAAUUGGUUGACACGGCGAGAAAGAUAGAGGAGGAGACUCCAACAUACGAAGCAGAGAAAUAUCAUCCUGUUCGGUUAGGACAAGUAUUUCAAGACAGAUAUCAAGUUGUUGGAAAAGUUGGAUUCGGGGGUUCCUCGACUGUCUGGCUUGCCCGUGAUUUCUACCAUGAAGUCAAAAUUUAUGAGCAUAGAAAAGCCUCAAAUUAUAAAGAUGAUCAUGUUGGAAAGGCCUUUUGCCGCAAGCACUACGACUCCUUUACGGUCGAUAGUCCCUCCGGCUCACAUGAUUGCCUAGUUCAGGAGCCAUUGGGCUUGAGCCUGGAUCGAGUGCUUGACACGAGGCCCACCAAUACUUUCGACCUAGAACUGCUUAAACCCCCUCUAAGUCAGAUUUUAUUAGGCCUGGAUUAUCUGCACCGCCUUGAUAUUAUACACACUGAUCUGCAGGUCAAAAAUUUGCUACUCGGAAUUAACGAUCCGUCGGUUUUUUCUGUCUUUGAAAAGGCUGAGACCGAAUAUCAGCCGUGCCCUCGUAAGGCCCUAGAUGAUCGGACGAUCUAUGUGAGUAUGCGGGUUCCCUUUUCGCAUAGGUUGCCAAUUAUCACCGAUUUUGGCGAAGUUCGGCUUCAAGAAGAGGCCCGCGUUGGCGAGGACAUCAUGCCAGAUUCUUGGGAUAUGGUUAAAGACCGCACCUUCUUCAAGGCUAGAAAUGAAGAGGGACUGUUGGACGAUAGGCUUCAUCUUGCGGAGAUGGUUGCAAUCAUGGGCCCACCGCCAAAGGAAUUCCUGGAACGCAGUCAAACCAGCCUCAUGUAUUGGAACGAGCACGGCCAAUGGAGAGGCCUCACGCCGAUUCCUGAUAUCUCCCUUGAGAGUCUAGCUCCAGGUAUAGAAGGCGAAGAUGUUCCGGGUUUUCUUAGUUUCCUACGUCGAAUCUUGCGCUGGCUGCCGGAAGAACGGCCAACUGCGGGAGAGCUCGUCUUAGAUCCUUGGCUGAUGAAGGGCCUGGGGAAGUUCGGACAGCGAAACUAG